AUUGUUUUGUUUUUGUUCUUGUGAUUUUGUGGCCAGCUUUGAUGUUUGAUUGCUGGGGACUGCUCUGCUGCUGCUGGACUGGGAGUGGGACAGUUUUGUUUAGAACUGGCUCCUUCCUUAAGUUCUGCAUGUGCUGCUCUCCUUCCAUAAAUAUAUUGAAUGGGGGGAUUCCAUUCGAACCACGAACUAUGCGAGUUUCGUUUUCGUUCGAAUCAAUCGAAUCCCCGCUCAGUUUAAUUCAAUGCUAGUGUGUGUUAUGUGGGGUUUUCCUGUGAGAUGAUGUGAUCGUGCUUUGUGUUUAACCCGUUUUCUUGAAAAUCAAUUAAUCAAAAAUUACACAAACAUAUUCCCAAAAUGGUUCAACUGGAUUUUUCAUCAACCGGAUCCCUUCCACAAAAUGGGGUUGAAGACAUGACAAGGCUUACCAUUUUAGAUGAAGAAGUAAUCAAUAAGAAUCUCAGGGCAAGAUAUGAAAAUGACAAAAUAUAUACAUACACGGGCACAAUACUCGUAGCUGUUAAUCCUUACAAGUACGUUGACAUCUAUACCCAAGCCUACGUGGACCGCUACCGCGGCAAGAAGCAGCGCGACCUCGAGCCGCACGUCUUCGCCCUGGCCGAGGCCGCUUAUUCCUCGCUGCAGACCGACUCGCCGGCCAGCGGCCACGUCAACCAGAGCCUGGUCAUCAGCGGCGAGAGCGGCGCCGGCAAGACGGAGUCGACGCGCUUCAUCCUGCAGUACCUGUGCUCGGUGACCAGCGGCGUGUCCGCUUGGGUGGAGCAGCAGAUCUUGGAGGCGAACACCAUCCUCGAGGCUUUCGGAAAUGCAAAGACAGUACGAAACGACAAUUCCAGUAGGUUUGGCAAAUUCAUGCAAGUUUGUUUUGAUUCGAGAUGGAUGAUUGCUGGAUGUAUCAUCCAGGAUUACUUGCUGGAACAGUCUAGACUCACAUUUCAAGGACCAGGAGAAAGAAACUAUCGUGUUUUUUAUCAGCUAGUGGAAGAAGCCAAAUAUGACAAUGAACUCGCUAGUCAACUAUUUCUAAGAGAAGCCAAAUUCUACAACUAUCUCAACCAGUCGGACUGCGCGAGCAUAGAGGGAGAUUCAAAAAGACUGGAUAGCUUAAGAUUAGCCUUUAACGUGUUGCAAGUGCCAGCGAACAAGUGCAAUGGCAUCUUUCAAACUCUGUCGGCCAUUUUGUGGUUGGGAAAUUUGACAUUUGAGGACAUCGACGGCGAGCGGUGUCAACUUACCAAAGAAGAUGAAAGUAUUAUAGAAAUAUUAUCAAAACUCUUAGGAUUAGAUAUGGAAAAUAUUAAGCAAGUCGUUUUGCUGAGACAAAUUAACGUUAGGGGUAACAUUACGGAGAUACCUCUCAAGCUACAAGAGGCAAGGGAGAAUCGUCAUGCGAUGGCGAAAGCAUUGUAUUCCAGAACUUUUGCUUGGUUAAUAAAUCAUAUUAACAAUUGCACAAAUCCCGGACAAGAUUCUAGACGGUUUCUGGGAGUUUUGGAUAUUUUUGGAUUUGAAAACUUUGCUGUGAACUCUUUUGAGCAAUUGUGUAUCAACUACACAAACGAAAAGCUGCACAAAUUUUUUAAUCACUAUGUUUUCGCGUUGGAACAAGAAAUUUAUUCUCAAGAGGAAAUUCAAUUCAACCAUAUAUCGUUUACGGACAAUACUCUUUGUUUAGAGUUGUUAGAAAAACCUCCGAGAUGUAUUUUAAGGCUGUUAUCUGAACAAUGUCAUUUACCCAGAGGUUGUGAUGCAUCUUUCAUAACAAAUUCACACACUGAAUUUGAAAAUCAUGAGAGAUAUGUGAAAGGUGACGAUCGUAGGAUGUGGGAAACCGAAUUCGGAAUAAGACACUACGCCGGCUGCGUCACAUACAAAAUCAAAGGCUUCGUCGACAAAAACCGCGACGUCCAGCAAGACGUCUUCUUCGACAUAAUAUCCAGGAGCUCCAACGAGCUCGUCCAAGAGCUCAACACCUACCAGGACCUGACGACGUCCAUCGCUCAAAGGGUGAGCGUCAACCUGAACGGACUGUCGACGGUGUCGCGGGGCACCAGCAAGGGCAAGCCCACCGUUUCGGACACGUUCCGGCACCAGCUUCAGGCGCUGGUGGACGUGUUGCAAUCCACGACGCCGUGGUACGUGCGGUGCAUCAAGCCGAAUAUUCACAAGAUGCCUGAUGACUAUGACGAUCAGCUGGUGUUGGAUCAGCUCAAGUACUUGGGGAUGUUGGAUAUAAUCAGGAUCCGUAAAGAAGGCUUCCCGAUUCACAUGAGCUUCGAGGAUUUUGUCAUGCGGUAUCAUUGUCUUUCCAAAAAUCGUCUUCCACCUGACAUGAUCAAAGCUUGUCAGAAUCUCAUAGAAAGUCACAAUAUACCAAAGACUGAAUGGCAACUGGGCAAAACCAAAGUUUUUAUGAGAUCUCACAUACAUGAACCAUUAGAAGAAGCCAGGAAUAAUCUAGUCAGAUCACGCGCCAUCCUCAUCCAAAAAACCUACAGGAUGUACGCCCAAAGAAAAGAGUACACGAAAAUUCGACGCGCCAUCCUCCGAAUCCAGCACGCCUAUACAGGCUGGCGCAUGCGCAUCGACUUUUUGAGGCGCAGGCGCGCCGCCAUCGUCAUCCAGAGCCACCUGCGCGGCGUCUUUGCCAGGGAGGUGGCGGCCGCGUUGAGGGAGAUGCGGCGCGUGGAGGAGGAGAUGCGCAAGCGGGAGAAGAUGGAGGAGGAGCGCAGGCAGCGCGAGGCGGAGAGGAGGGAGGCGGAGGAGAGGAGGGCGGAGGAGGAGAGGAGGAUAGCAGAGGAGGGUGGGGAUGGGGGAUUGUUGCCGCCGCCACCGCCGCCGUCAGCGUUUGGCGAGGAGGAUUUGGAUAGGAGCGAAAAGAUGGCUCAACAGGAAAUCGCGACUCUGACCCACAUGGCGGAGCAGCUGAAGCACAACAGGCCGGAGACGGCCGCCGAGUCUGUCGAUCUCGACAACCUGUUCGCCUUCCUGUCCGAUGUGCAGCCGGCCAAUCACAACCAGAUCAUCGACGAGAUCGGCGAGAAGAUGGACGAGCUAAUCGAGGAUUUGGACGUCGAGCUAGAGACGGUCAUCCAGCAGGAGCUGGAAGGCUUAGCGCAGGAACAACAACAGCCGACCCCGCCCAAGCUGGGCCUGCCCACGCUGCCCGAACCCACCGGCCCGCCGCCGCCUCCGCCGCCCCCCGCCUUCCAGAACGGCCAUCAGGACGACAAGCCGACGAUCGUCGGCGAGAUCCCGAAGGCGGCCAGCGACGAGCCCAUCUACGAGGCGGUGCUGCCGCGCGAGGAGGCGGCUCCGCCGGUGUGCGUGUCGCCGCCCCCGCUGCCCGCUCCGCCCCGCCUGGGGGGAGGGACGCCCGAGGGGACGCCCGCGGUGUCGAGGUCGAACAGCGGCGUGCACCCCAAUUGGAGAUACUCCCAGUCCCACGACAACCAACAACAUCAACUCCAACCGUCGCAAGACCUGCAAGGCAACACCGAGAGAGAGCAGAGACGCAAAUUCCGCGUGGAGAAGAAACUCCAAGAGCUGAACGACAACACCGAAAAGGACAAUUCGCACGUCGACGAAUUGCACCACGACAUGGUCGAAUUCGCCAACAACUAUUUCAACGCUCACGAAAAGAGCCCGGAAGGGACGAUAAUCGCGACGUUGACCAGGAAGAGGCAGAGCUCCGAGUUGAUUCCCAAAUACGAGAUGGUGACCUACUACAAGGGGAACACGAUACCCAACUCGCACAUUCACCUUUACGAUCCCGAUAAUGUCAAUGUCGCUUGCAGCAUAUUCAGGGACUUGAACAAGUACAUCCGCGGAGAGCUGAACGGCGAACGCGAACUCCAGGUCAUCCAGUCCAUCGUCGGUUACGCUCUAGAGAGGGAAGAACUCCGAGACGAGGUCUACGUCCAGUGCAUCCGACAGGGCACUAAUAACCCGAGCGCCGAGGGCACCGAACGGGUCUGGCUGUUUCUGUGCCUUUGCGUGGUUUCCUUUCCGCCGUCCAAGCUGUUGUACCGGUAUUUUUUGUCGUUUCUGCGGAAGAAUCUCGCGCUGCCUGGGAGGAUCAGUCAGUACGUGCAGUGGUGCUUGGACAAUUGCAAUAACAAUAAGGUGACUGUUAGGGAGCACCCUCCGUCAUCAGUCGAAGUUGCGGCGAUGAAGAGGUUAGGCACGAUCGUAUGCAGAUUCUUCUUCCUUGAUGGUCGUACCAAGGCCAUCGAUGUCCAUCCCACCGACACUGCCGGCGACGCUGCCAGGAAACUGGCGGAACGUUUGGGGCUGAGAAAUCUGGACGGUUGGGCCAUAUAUCAGAGCAGGCCUGACGGGGAAGAACAUGUCAGGGCCCACCAUUAUCUUUACGAUAUAAUUGCACAAUGGGAAUUGAAUCAAAAUAAAUUGGUGCCGUCUAGCGGUUUAGCGACAUUGAGUAGAAGAAGUGCACAAGCAGUGAGUGGUGGAGAAAAUCGCUUCAUCUUCAAAAGAAGAUUGUUCAAAUCUAGUCGAGAACUCAGUCAAGACCCAGUCGAAGUCAAUUUACUUUAUGCUCAAGCUGUACAUAGUGUUGUUAAGUGCGACGAUUUUCCUGUAACCGAAAAAGUCGCCCUCCAGCUGGCCGGCCUCCAAGCUCAAGUCGCCCUCGGCAACCCCAAAGACAACAACAAGCUCGAGUACUACACGGACCUCGACACGUACCUGCCGUACCGCAUCAGCCGGACGCGCGGAGACGACGUCUGGGUGCCCAUCAUCGCGCAGGCGCACCGGCAGUACGGCGCUAACCGCACCGAGUUGACGGCGAAGGCGCUGUACCUGUCCUGCGUCAUGCAGUACCCGCUGUAUGGUACUACGAUGUACCCGGUCACGUAUCGCGGGUACUGGUCGUACGGCAACGCUUUGACGUUGGGUGUCAAUUUCGAUGGGAUCAUGUUGAUCAAGAACGAUGACAAGUUUGUGCUGAGCGAGUUUCGGUAUCAGGACAUCGAGAGCAUCCUGCUCGACCCGAGCGACAGCUUCGUCACCAUCACCCUGCAGAGGCACCUCAGCGACAACAACCACAAGUGCUACGUGUUCGAGACGGCGCAGAAGAGCGAGAUCGGCUCGCUGAUCGCCAGCUAUUGCCCUUCGUUGGCCGGCUGGCUCGCCGAAAACGAGACGCCGCUCAAGAGAGCCAAGGCCAUCACGAACGAGGACCGCGUGCGGCUGUACCACAACCUGGUCAACUGUCGCAGGGCUCUCGUGGACCACGACGUGCUCCGCAAACCCACCGACUCAUCGGGCAGCUUCCUGAGGAACACGCUGCGCCGGCUGAGCAAGCACAAGCUGGACAAGCUGCGGCAGGAGAACGGCGGCGGGGACACGGGGGAGACCUACAAGGGGUUCCACUACGCGUUCUGGGCGUUCAGCAGGCAGCCGCUGCCGCAGAGCAUCAGCAGGAUACCGGAGGCGGACGAGCAGGUCAUGUUGCAGGUGUUCCAGAUCAUUUUGACUUAUGCCGGGCUCGGGCAGAACGGCGAGGUCAUUCGAAGGGUGGAAGACGAGCACGUCACCCUGCUGCAGACCAUCCUCGAGCGGUGCAUGCGCAAGGAGACGCUGCUGUGCGAGCUCUACCUGCAGCUGAUCAAGCAGACCACCGACCACCCCGACCCGAACUCGCGGGUCAACCUGCGCCACUGGGCGCUCCUCUCGCUGGCCUGUUCGGUCGUGCUGCCGCCCAACAAGGCUGUGAGGCGGCAUCUCAUCGCCCACCUGAAGAGAUGCAGCUCGGAUUUCGUGACAGAGGAGGGCAAGUACGCGCGAUUCGCGGAAAAGUGCUUGGGCAAGACGCAGGGCACCCGGAGGCGGCAGUGGCCGCCCUCGCGCGAGGAGAUCCUGUGCACGAUCAACAGGCGGCCGGUGUACGCCCGGUUCCACUUCAUGGACGGGCAGUACCAUUCGGUGGAGUUCCAUCCGUCGGCUACGGCGAAGGACGUGCUGGAGGUGGUCAGGGACAAGAUCGGGCUCAAUCAGGAUGCCAAAGGUUAUGCGAUAUACGAGGUCCUCGGGAGCUCGGAGAGGAGUUUGGCCGCCGAAGAGAAAGUGACGGACGUAAUGGCCAAAUGGGAGAGGUACAGAGCCGCCUCGGCAGCGACCAACGCCAACAGUACCGGGACAGCCAAGAGGGCCAGGCCUCAGCACCAUUUCUUCCUGUUCAAGAAGCAUUUGUUCAUGGACAACUUCAUCAAUUUGGGCGAUCCGGUGGAGAAGGAACUGCUCUACCAUCAGGUUCUGCACGACUUGAGGGGCGACCGGUUUCCUAUCACGGAUAAAGAAGCUAUGAUGUUGACUGCUUUACAAGCCCAACUAGAACUAGGCGACUUGGAUGAGACGAUCCACGACUACAGGCCCAUAGCUUCUCAUUGCUUGCCCGCCCGGAUGGUACCUACUUUACCGAGCGAGGGGGUGCAAAUGCAUCACCAGUCGCUGCGAGGGAUGACUCCCUCCGAGGCCAAACAGGCCUUCCUCAAUCUCAUCCAGAGUUGGCCUCUGCAUAAGGCGACGAUAUUCGAUGUCAUGCAAUCGUUCACAUCAAACUGGCCGCGAGUGCUGUGGCUGGCGGUGGAUCAAAAAGGCCUCCACUUACUCGAACACCGGUCCCGCAACGCUCUCUGCACGUACGACUACGGCAGCAUCCUCAGCUACUCGCCUGCCCUCAACUGUCUCAUGAUCAUCACGGGCAGCGACAGGAAACAGAGCAAGGUAAUACUGACCACGGCCCAGGCGUUCCAAAUAGCCACCCUGAUCAAGGAGUACAUGGAGGUGUUGCACGGCAACGCCGUCGAGCUGCGAAGGGCGGACCUGCCCAAGGGCAGGCAGGUGGGCGGCCUGCACCAGACCGCGCCGCUGGUGCCGCCCCAGCCCAGCUAGAAGAGGGUCACUUUCGCGGACCAGUUGGACGGCGGCGGCCGUUGAUUCGCAUUCGUCCUCCCGUGAAGUAGCUUUGAGGUGUAUGUGGAGGUAUGGAGAUAUCAAGCGUCUAACUACGCCAUUUCUAUCGGCAGCUCUCUGAAUUCUCGUGCGUACAUGACAUUACUCACAAGACGCGAUAUUUGCGAGAUGCAGAUUUCAUGUAAGCGAAUGAUUGAGUUAACUGUAUAUACGACUACCGAACCUGCGCCUCAAGUAGUUUACCGAAAAAUAUACUUUCUUGGUAGUAAGUCAAUUCAAGCCAAGUUAGGUUAGAUUGUUUGUUCGGAAAUUCAGAGAGCAACUGAUGAAUUUUUUAUAGUUAGACGCUCAUAUGGAGAUAUCGCCGUGCAUACGAAACAACUGGGAAUUACAGUUCGAUUUUGGAAUAGUAGUUUUUCUAUUCGGCGUCUCUAAUCAGUCCAUUAUGACACCCGAAUUCUCAUUCAAUCAGAUACGAGAUGUUCUUGUUGAAAAAUGAGCCCUUUCGGAUAUGAUGAUCUGCUAAGUACAAUGAAACAUAAAAUA